UUGUAUUCACCUGUAAACCUUUACAGGACAUGUACGUUGUAUACAGAGAUAGAGUAAUUGUAUCCCUUCUUUGUUUUUUCCUCAACCAGAUCCCAGAGACCAGAACUCCUAAAGAGAAACCUGGUGGUCCAAAGAACAACAGGGCACAGUCAUCUAUCCCAGCAGCCUUCGCCGCAGCAUCCAAAUAUAAGUCAGACUCCCUGGAACAACGUGCCAAAGAACAGGCGAUCGCUCUUUGGAUUGGACGUACUGGUCUACCUGCUUGCACAGUUGAGGAUGAAGAUUUCAUCCUCAUGAUGGAGACCUUUGAUAAGAGGCUGACCAUACCCAAAAGAACAAAAAUAAACAACUUAGUUGACAAGAUGUUUGAUGACGAAAAACAAAAGUACAAAGAGAGGCUUGCCACAGCACGCAAAAUAACAAUUGGGCUGGACAUAUGGACCAAAAAACGACUUACAGCAUCAUUUCUGGGAAUUAGUGCAUGCUUUUUUUGCACUGUGGAAAACAAAGCAAAGCACAUAUUGUUGAGACUUGACCAGAUCGCCCACCCACACACUGCAGAGUGUAUAAAAAACAGUGUUGAUCGAUGCACAGAGGACUGGGGAAUACCACAACACAAAAUUCUGACAGUCAUAACAGAUAACGGAAGCAACAUGAUUGCAGCAUUCAAACCUAAUGAAUCGGAUGCAUCAGCCAGCUCCGAGGAAGAAUCCUCCGAGACAAGCGACACUGAAGACUCUGAGGUGGUUGAAGACCAAUGGUUUGGACACAUAGAUAGGACUCCCUGUGUUGUACACACACUGCAACUCGUGGUGAACAUCAUCCAGAAAGAUGCAAGUGUCAGCCGACUGCUGGGCAAAGUUAGAGCGCUCGUCAAGCUCUUCCGCAAGUCAUCGGUGGCAACUGAGCGACUGCUGCAGCUGUGUCAACUAACUCUGGUCAAAGACUGCCCUACUAGAUGGUCCAGCACAUAUCUGAUGAUAUCACGGCUUCUUCAAAUCAAGGACUCAGUAGUUCAAGUUGCGGAUGGGAUGAGCUGGGACUAUCUACUGCCAAGUGAGUGGCAGAGGCUGACUGCUCUAAGAGAUUUACUCCUCCCCUUCACUGAGCAUACCCAGAUGCUCCAGAGCGACACACAGUCUUUAUCCCUUGUUGUGCCUGCCCUUCUGGACCUGCAGGGUCAUCUGUCUGAGUUCCCCCAUGCCCAGGGUUCUAGCUUCAAGGACCUAGCUUCCCUGGCAAAGAAGAUGAAGGCAAACAUGGACAAGCGGUUCAGCUGCUUUCUUGAUCACACUGACUCUAAGUUUUCACCCCUCACUGCUGCUGCAUGCUUUCUCGACCCAACAGUUUCACCUGAAGCACUCCUUGAAAAUGAUGAUCAGCAAAUUACAGCGCUUCUGGAAAAAGCAGAAGAGUACAUUGCUCAGUUGGUGCCACCAGUUGUACGGGAAGAGGAGGUUGAAGAUGAGGAGCCAGAGGAGGAAGAAAAGGAAUCAAAAGAGGGACCACAAAGAAAGCAGCCCAGAUUCAAAUUCUUGUCAAAAGCAAGUCGGCCAUCCAGGUCUAGCUGCUCAAAGCCAUGUGUCAAGGAGGAAAUAAAGAAAUUCAAGGAGCAGCUGUCACAGCCUACAAACGAAGAGGCUGCCCUUGAAUUUUGGGCUGCACAGGGAGAUUCUGUUUAUCCAAGCCUAAAACCUAUCGCCUUAGAUCUUCUGGCCAUGCCAGCAUCUCAAGCAUUUGCUGAGAGAGUGUUUAGCAUUACAGGUGACCUCACUCGUGGCCGUCGAAACAGAGCAAGAGCCAUUUUAGAGCGAAGCGCUUUUCUGAAACUAAAUCGAGGUCAGUAGGCUAAUUUUGCUAACAGCAAGCUGUUACUAUUAUUAGUAUAGUUACAGAUAUGUGAUUGUGAUAUUCUGUUUGUUCUUGUUGUGAGACGUACCCUCCUCUGCUGUUGUUGUUGUUGUUUUUAUUUGUUGAAUUUACUACAGUGUUUACACUAUUUACAGGGUGGUCUUAUUUAUUUUGUUCCAAAAACUUAAGAACAUGUUUGUUUCAUACUUUCAAGUACAGUAUGUAUAACUCUCUGGUAUAACUUACAACCUACCUCACUGUACCUCAGGAAUCUUUAAUUAUUUUAUUACAUUGUUUGCACAAGUUAAAGAUAGAGUGGGGUUGUAUGAUGUCUGUUUUUACAAAUAAUAUGCAUCUUAAUUGCACUGGCAGACAAGGCCAAGUUGAGCAUAUGUGUUCCUCAUCCAUCACUCAUAUUUUGGGCAUGUGUAUGUUCAUUGUACUUUAGCAAAUUCUGAGAAAUAAAGCCACAAUUGCUGAA